AAUGUUUUGAGCUAAGAAACCAGUUUGAAAGAAGGAGAAGGGCAUUUAAAGUGUGAAGUUUACAGGCUUCUCACAUACUUUAUGUUUCUCUUAAUUGCGGAAAUUUACCAUUUACGGAAAAUGAAUGCACAGAUCCUGGAAUUAUUCAUUUGUCUUUUAUUUCUGCCAUUGGUUACUGGAGGGUAUUACUGCUACUACGGCUACUACUACUACUGCUAUUACUACAGCAGUUACGAUAAUGCUGGUGUUUAUGCUGGAGCGGUUGUCGGUGCUAUCGUUGUUAUUGUCAUCAUUGCAAUUGUCAUCUGUGUCAUCAAAAACAAUCAAAGGAACCGUGUGACAAUGAUCGGCGGCGGCCCCUCCACCACUGUGACGAACGUCAAUAAUGUGAACACUGUUCACCAGCCACCUCCUCCGGGUUACGGAUUCGGAGCUCCGCCCCCUGGUCAUGGAUACGGAGCCCCUCCUCCUGGUUACGCCCAACCCUCUAACUCCAUGUUUGGAGAUAACCCCGCCUAUCCACCACCACAGUACCCACCUCCGAAGUAUUAGUGUCCCAGACCAACGACAAAUGUACAGAAGGGAGAACAUUGCAAAUAUCAUUAUAUAUUUCUAUUAGUAAAUUGUGAUCACUUUCAGAACAUUUUCAGAAGGUUAUUUUUAUAAUAGUUAAUAACAGUUAAUUGUUAAAAUUUUAUUUACAUACUGAAUUGUCUUUGUAUUUUUCCUGUUUCCCAUUCAUGAACACGGAGCCCACGUCUUGUGUAAAUAGUCGACAGGAAUGCUUACUUCUCCAUUACACCCGGUCCCAUCUCUGAUGAUGUUAAAUGUCCAUAUUUGCUCUGCUCUUGAUUUGUAUUGCUUCAAUUAAAUUAAAUCUACUUUUGA